GUUCCUCCAAGUUGUAAGCCAUGUUUUUGUGAACAUUGGAUUCGAUGAUCAGAAGUUCAUCGCUGCUGCACUUGAUAAAUAGCUUUAAAUAUGCCGAUAACUAAGCAUCCCAAGACUACUGAGCCUCUCUGGAAGGAGUGGGACUACAAGGCGCAGAAGAAAGGCGUACAUAAUACGGUUUAUUCGGUAAAUGGAGAUCAGUACACGGGAGAAUGGAACAACAACAAAAAGAACGGCAAAGGAACAAUGCAGUGGAAGAAGAGUCGUACAAUCUAUGACGGCGAUUGGAAAGAUGACAGAAGAUGCGGCUUUGGGACAUACAGUGUGCGAGACGGCACUGGGUUUAGAAAAAUCUAUUCAGGCGGAUGGAAAAAUGACAAAAGACACGGAUAUGGAACAAAUUUUUAUUCAGCAAAUGAGUAUUAUGAAGGGGAGUGGUAUGCAGAUCAGCGCAGUGGAUGGGGUCGUAUGUAUUAUGCUGAUGGAGCAGUCUAUGAAGGUGAAUGGUAUGAUGACAAGAGAAAUGGUGAUGGAAUGUUAAGAUUAGCAAAUGAAAAUCGUUAUGAAGGAGAAUGGAAAAAUGGGAAAAAGCAUGGAAAAGGAAAUUUCUUCUACUUAGACAAAGGACAAGUUUAUUCAGGAGUAUGGGUUGAAGAUAUCCCAAAAUGUGGAAGCAUGGAAGAUUUUGGUCGUGAGGGAGCCCCCAGCCCUACAACUUAUCCUCUUCCAGAGUGUAAAUUACAAGAUCUCAAGACUGUUCUUAAAGAAACAGAGGAAUCAUUUCUUGAUGAUCAACAGUGAUAUCAAUUUUUCUGAUCAAAUUCUUAUUAUUAAACGAAGGAAAAAAUGAAAGGAAGGAAUGGUUCAUUAGCUCAAGAUAGGAAAAUGUAGAAUGAAAGAAGAUGAAGACACUUAAAAAGAUAAUGAUAAAAAUUUCAACUUGCUCUAAGAUUUCUUAAAGUUUUAAAGAACCUUCAGAUUGAUACUGUAAAUAUUUGCAUUUCUCAUGAUCUUUAUUCUAAUUAUGAUAAUGUACAUACUGAUAGUCUAAUAUCUUUAGUUUAUAUAUUUUGUUAAUAAAUCUACAUGUACAUUAUUAUCAUUCUUAACAAAAUAAAUUAGUAUGAAUUUCAA